CAAAAGAGUUGCAAGGACGAUGAGAUAGUCACGAAGAAAAGCUUUUUCGUGGAUUUUCGCAUGACACACAGAUACAACAGUUGUGUUCUUUUGGAUACUGUGUUCUAGACACCAUGGCAACUGAGCUGCCAGCCAAUACAAUGAGCUUGCAGCAGCAGCCAGGUUUGGACUUGUCUAGUUACAUGGACAUUGUGACCACAUACAAGUGUCGCUUCUGUGCCUUCACCAGUACAGCACCACAGACAAUUGGCCUUCACAUCCGACAGGUCCAUGUCACGCAAGGGGAGUUCCUGUCACCAGGGACAACCAGUGACCCUACAGAGGUCAAGGGUAUGAAGGACACUGACAAGGAGGUAACUUCCUCUAGCAUUUUUCAAGACACAAAUGGUGUACAUGAUGUGUCAGAGCAAACUGUCACCAACCAAAUGACACCGGUGAUGACCAAUUUUGUUGAUAUGGAAACCUCAACUGUUUCCAUCCUACCACUGUCUAUGGAAACAACCACAGCUGAUGCAAUCUUACAACUGUCAACAAGACUACCAGAUAACAAUGGUGAUGUUGAUGAUGGUACGUCUUCAGAGAAAAGUAACUCCAAUGAUGAUAAUAUAACUCAUUUUGUUACUGUCCAUGAGGAGGACCAGGGCGAUGAAAACUACACAACAGAGCCUACCGUCAUACAACAGACCUUCCCACAGGUACAUAGUAAUGUACAACCUAUCCUGUCAACAGGAGAAUCCCAGACUGUCACAGUGGAAAAUGAAUUUAAUUAUAAAUCAAUAGAUAUUCCCUUGGAAACUGAAUCAUUAAUACUAACUGAUGCCAAUCACCAGAAGUCAGCCCCCAUCACAAGGGAGUUGUUUCUGUGUGGCCAGUGUAGUAUUGGAUUUAAUAGUAUAGAUGAGUGUCGGGCUCACAUGAUGGAGGAUCAUUCUGAUAUCACCAAUGCAGGGGAGGAGGCUGUGGAAAAUGAGCUCUCACAUCGUGUCAGUGUGGGAACACAAGUGGAGACUUCAAGACGUGGUAAGAAGCGAAAAGUGGUUACCAGUAAACCCGCAUCACCACCUUAUGCAUUGGACUCGGAUCCAGACCUAGAUUGGGAUGAUCAAGAAGAGUACAAGCCACGCGCCAGUCGGUCUCGUCGAAAAAUCCGACCUCCAAAGGCUCUGAAAGAAGAUUAUUACCUUGGUAAAAGUAAAGUAAAAGAAAAACCUAAAGUUAUGCAAGGAUUUAGACUGAAAUGUGAUCAGCUUGGCUGUAGUUCAAAAUUUAGGACAAAAGAAGCACUUCAGGUGCAUUUAAAAUGUCACAUGACUGAUGUUUUUGAAUUUAAAUGUCCAGAAUGUGAUAAAACAAAUGAGACUUGGAAACAGAUACGUAUUCACCUGUGGAAAGCUCAUGAAAUCGAUACUGACCUGCUAGCUUGUGAUAUUUGUGAAAAAUUUAAAACUGAUACUAUGAGUCGUUUGGUGAUCCACAAGGAAAUCCACAGUGUUGACCGACCCUACACUUGUGACAUCUGUGGCAAGGGCUUCCGACAGUUCAGCCAGAUGAAAAACCAUCAGACAAUCCAUGGAGAACACCAGGACGAUGAUCCCAAGAAAUGGUAUCGCCGUAAGGAAUGUGACAUCUGUAAACGCCAGUAUGCCAAUCAAAAGUGCCUUGUCAAACAUAUUGAGGCUGUGCACAGUAGGAUUAAGCCAUACGUGUGUCCAUACUGUGGUCACACAGCUGCACGUAAGGCCAUGAUGGAGCUCCAUAUCAGGACUCAUACUGGCGAAAAACCCUUCAAGUGUGACAAUUGUCAGUAUGUGACGGGUGAUCACAACUCCCUACGUCGACACAAGAUGCGACACUCUGGCCAGAAGCCAUACAAGUGUCAGUUUUGUGGUUAUUCUUGUAUUCAGGCGAUCUCCAUCAAGAUGCAUAUGAAGAAUAAACACCCAGGAGGCAAUAUUGGAGUUUUCUGCUGUGACAUUUGCACAUUCCGCACUGUCAAUGAGGUCAGCUUCAAAGGUCAUAUGGAAGACCACAAAAAUGGUCUUAUUGUUGAAAAUGCUCCACCUCUUCCCCAACAACAACCCCGCCCACACAUCAUCAUACAACAACCUGCAAUCAGUUCACAAUUCCAGCAAGGAGUCAAGAUGGAAAAGGUCACAGUCCAAGGGGCAACAAAUAUGAAAUUUGGAGAGACUAUUAACCUUCAAGGUUUGGCCCAAAUUGAGGGUCAAGCCAUUGAGGAGCAUGUGGUUGAGGUUCCAAUGGACAGACUGGAAGAAAAUCAGCUUCAGAUGCAAAUUCAGACUUUAGAAUCAGGUGAGACUCAGAUAAGUGAGGAGGAUUUAACAAGACUAUCUAGUUAUGAAGGUCUGGUGCCCUCUGACCUAUCGGCCGCACAGCUAGUGCUAUCAGCCCUGAAUGCCAUUUCUUCACAAAAUUCGGAACAGACCAGCAAUGAAACCCCACAAAUUUUAAAUGGUGUAGAGACAUCCAUAAUGUCGUCGGAUAUCAAAGAUGGCGUGACAACACACACAAUCACCUUCCACAUGCCAGCAUCCGCUGCUGACAACACUGUAGGUGCUACAGAGACCAUUACAGAUGUGAUGACCGGCGACAAUGUAGUUGAUAUUCCUGACUCUCUGGGAUCUCUGAAGGGGGUGGAGGAGACUACUAGUAUACAGAACGGGAUGCUCAUACUCUCUGGUCAGCCUGUCACAUUGAACCCUGUGAUUCUAAACAAUGACCAGACCAGUUGUGCUACUAUCCAGGAUCUGGCUCAGGUUAGCUGUCGUUUGGUCAACCAGUAGCACAACUGACAUGUACUUGAAUCUAGGCUCGGAAUAAAUCCAAGCAGUGUUGUUUUUGUUGAAAUAAUGUUAUUUCUAUAACAAUUAAGCCCAUCAAAAGUUAAAUGUUUAUUUCAAAAACAUUGUUUUGAAGCACUGGUGAUUGACUGUAUUGCCACCCUUUACUUAAGAAAUGAUUUGACCAAGUUGUAGCACUGUUUGAGAGUGACUACUAGAGGAAGUAGUCUUAAUCAGGAUUGAUUUCUUAUUGUAAUUGGGGGCCGGGGAGUGACCAAUCAUUUCAAGCAUCUGUACUUUGAAGUUGUUAUUCUGAUUAUGCCAAAGCUUGUUGUUGACCAUAGAGAGCAAUUUCUGUAUAUUACUAAUGAUUAAGAUUGAGUAUAAGAGCACUACUGUAUGGAUGUGUAUGGCAAAGAAAUAGCAUUGAGGCAGAAGAAAAUUUUACCGUACUGUCAUGUAUUUAUGUACCAUGUACAAUGUGUUUAAGAUAAUUGGCAUUUAUAAACUUUUACAUCUAGUAUGUUAUGUUUCAACUAUUUUGACAACUAUGUGAUCAGAUGAACGGAAAUAGGUUUAUAGGUCAAUGGCUGACUCCACAAGUUGCUGAAAGACAAACUUAUUACAGUGUAUAUUUGUAUAUUUUUGAAAAUACAAAAUAUGUUUGUUCAACAAUAGCUUUGUUCCAUGCAUGUAGAUUUGUUUUGAAACCUCCCCCACUUCCUUGGUACAUAUGUAAUCUGUUUUGGACAUUGAAGAUGUCUUUAGAUUCUGAAAUGAAAUUUGUUUUAAUACCAAAAAUACAUAAAAACAAAUAUUUUAGCUCUAAAAUUUGUUUAAAAAACAAUUCUUAGCCUUUAUUAUAUGAAACCUUUUGGGAAGGUGUGAGAUAGACACUUAAUGUCAUCGCAACAUUUGGUCUGUUGGUCAUAGAUACACUUGUUGGUUUGUUAGCAGGUUUAAUUCACAUGGCUUAGUCUAACAUUGAUCAAACCCUGUUACUAAAUGUAAUGUCACCUAUAUAUUAUGGUGUUUUUAUAAAUGAAAGAUUUAACACAAAUUGUACAUAUGGUGAUAGCAAAGUUCUACCAUAUCUGAGAGUGUGCAAUCAGUCACCUUGGGCAUUAUAGAAAAUUGACUGCAAGGAUGAAUUUUUGUGAAACUAUACAUCAUAACAUUACCUGAAUAAUUUGGAAAGUUCAAGGCCAUAAAGACUACUUAGUGAUAAAUCUAUGGUAUUCAUCCUCAUAUUGGAAUUGUCUACUUCUACAUUAGUAAUGUUUAUGUUUAAAGGGGUUCUAGUCAAUACAAAGUCUGUAGUACUGAGACAUUAUAUUAUUGUACAUUAUUUAACUUGUCCAUUACUACCUCAAUCUUGUUUAUGAAAACUUGUCUUCAGAAUUUUCUGCACAAUUAUUUCCUGAUACAAUUAUUGAUCCGUAAAAAUGAAGUUUACAAGUGCUCACAAGAUUUAUAUUAAAUGUUCC